UUCCCGAUUUGCGGCGUAUCUUGACAAUUGGCUGUCACUCGGUGGUGCGUGCUGUUGCACCGAGUAUCAAACUCGAUAUAUAAGAGAUACGGAGAAAGAGGGACGUUUCGCUUAAGCUCUUGCAUGUUUCUAGCUUCUAAGCUUUCGUAACUGAUACGGUCAAUCUCGCACAGUGUGGCUUCCUUUCGUUCGUUCGUUCGUUCGUUCGUUCGUUCGUUACUUGCUAUAGAGACUUAUGAACUAUUCGCGGAAGGUGUCAUUCGUUUUCGGGGUUGAUAUGUGCCCUGCGACAGGAAGUGCUAUGCGGCGAAUAUUAUAACAAUGCCGGAUUGUUAAAUUGGUAUAUAUAUAUCGUGAAAUUAGAGUAGCGCGAUAAGAACGGAAAGACGGUGGAGCAAAGUUAUGGAGGGAGUCGAUGGGCAACUGCAAACGAAAUAUCAAAAGAUAGCCACGGAAUAUUCGAAAAUUCGUGCUCAGGCGAACGUUCUAAAGAAGGCUGUGAUCGAUGAACAGGCACGUAAUGCGGAAAUACGAGAACAAUUAAAAGAGAAAGAAGUAGAAUUCCGUAGAGCCGAACAAGAAAUAGAUAGUCUAACUUUCCGCAAUCAACAGUUGACCAAACGUAUAACUGUAUUGCAGGAAGAACUUGAUAAAGCGCAAAACAAAUCCAGGAAAGGGAAAGGCAAGCUGUCUGAUAACAAUACUCAAGUACCUGCCUCGUCUAAUCAUAUCUUAGACGAAGAAUUUCAAAAGAAAAUAGUUGAAAAUGCCCAGUUGCUGUCGCAAAUAGCCGACAAGGAUAGUGAAAUUGAAAGUUUAAGCGAAAGAAUACAAGAGUUGGAAUAUAAGUUGGAGCGCGUUGAAAAAUCUAAAGUAGAAUUAGAUUGUCAGCAUCGCAGAGAGAUCGACAAGUUAGACAGGGAGAGAAAUGACUUACAAAGAAAACUUAAUGAGAAGCAAAGGCAAGAAGAAACUAUAUCGUGGUCCAGUACAGAAGGCAAGAGGGAAGGAUACGAAUGCGAACAAAGAGCAGGACUGUCUAAUCAUUAUCAAAUAGAUUCUUCUCCUGUUUCAUCUCCCUCUCCCUCUCGUAGAUCAUCGAAAUCUUUUAACGACGGUAAAAUUCAAAAAUUGACCGACGAAAGAAGCGAUUACGAGUCCACGAAAUCUUACGAUAUAGAAAAAGAAUUGCAUUAUUGGAAAACGCAGUAUCACAUCGUUAAGAUCAAGUAUGACGAGUACGAACAGAAAGAGCAAGAAACAAACAGAUCGAUCGCAAAGGAAUCUCUCAAUCCCGUGCGAAUAAAUAAUAUGAUUGGAAGGUUACACGCGCCAUUUGCACUGCCAGAGGAAAUAGAAGCUCGCGAAGGAAAAAUAAGAGAAUACUUUCUCGAUGAGAUAAACAAAUUAAUAAUGGAAAAGCACAUUUGUCACGUUAAAAAUUUGGCCAUGGCUGCUAAUAGCGAAGUUAUGCACGCACAUUUAGACACAUGCGAGUCGAAAAGAGAAAAAUGCGAGGUGGCACUUUUGGAAGCGCUAUCCAACUGUAAUAGCCUGCAAAAGGAUAAAGAGACGCAAGAAGGAAAUUAUAAAGCACAGCUCAGUACAAUGAGCGAGCAUCUUGCUAAUAUGAACGAUAAGCUCAUUUGUCAGACAGAAGAAAUCCAACAAUUAAAAUUUGAAUUGGCAAACAAGAACAAUAAAAAAGGAAAACAAAAGUGAUUUAUACUCGGUUCCCGACCAUUGAUCAGAGACAUUCCAUUGAUAAUAUUAGUAUAAUCAUAUUCAUCGAUCGAUUUAAAGUUAUGUAUAUAAAGAAUUCAUACCAGACGAGCAAUGUAUUACCAUCUAUCUUCGUACCCGGAUUUUUAGCAAGACAACACAGGCCGAAGCGCUCUCUGACUCUGUUACGUGUUAUGUUAUUUAUGAAAUCAAAAUAAAAUAUUACUAUCGAAUAUGCUCUUCGAAAACAUUAUGAACAAAGUAUUAGAUAGGAAAUAUAUUAUAUCAAAGAUAA